AAACACUAAAAACCCACAAACCCAAACCCAUAACCAAAACACACAGUACGCUAUGCUAUGCUAUGCUCUCUAAUCCGUUUGCGCCGUAAACCUCCAACCUCGCUUCUUCUUCAUCUCUCUAACCGUUUCUCUUCAUCUUCCUUUUCCUCAUCCACCGCCGCCACCAUGGUGGUUGCUCAUCCCAAAGACGACGCAUACCUAUCCGCCACAAUCCCGAAACGAAUCCAAUUAUUCGAGUCGAUUCAAGCCGAACAACAGACUCGCCGCUUAUCACUGUCACCGGAUCCGAUUAAGGUCACACUUCCCGACGGAACUGUGAAAGAAGCAAAGAAGUGGCAAACAACUCCGUUUGAUAUAGCUCGUGAAAUUUCUAAGAAUUUAGCUAAUAAUGCUCUUAUUGCUAAGGUUAAUGAUGUACUUUGGGAUAUGAAUCGUCCUCUUGAAGAGGAUUCUAAGCUUCAGAUCUUUAAGUUUGAAGAUGAUGAAGGUCGUGAUACUUUUUGGCAUUCUAGUGCUCAUAUUCUUGGACAGUCUCUCGAGACUGAGUAUGGAUGCAAGCUUUGCAUUGGACCUUGCACUACAAGAGGAGAGGGAUUCUAUUAUGAUGCAUUUUAUGGGGAAUUGAGUCUGAAUGAGGAUCACUUUAAACAAAUUAAAGAUGGAGCAUUGAAGGCUGUUAAGGAUAAACAACCCUUUGAGCGCAUUGAAGUGACACGUGAUCAGGCACUUGAGAUAUUUUCUGAUAAUAAAUUUAAGGUUGAAAUUAUCAAUGAUUUGCCCGCUGACAAGACUAUAACAGUGUACAGAUGUGGACCCCUCAUUGAUUUGUGUCGAGGACCACAUAUUCCUAAUACAUCCUUUGUCAAAGCAAUUGAAUGUUUGAAGGCUUCGUCAGCAUAUUGGAGGGGGGACAAAGAUAGAGAAAGUUUACAAAGAGUUUAUGGCAUAUCUUUUCCUGAUCAGAAGAGAUUAACGGAAUAUUUGAAUCGGCUUGCAGAGGCUAAAAAGUAUGAUCACAGGAUCGUGGGGGUGAAACAGGAGCUUAUUUAUCAUCACGAGUGGAGCCCGGGAAGCUGGUUUUUUCUUCCACACGGUGCUAGGAUCUACAACAAACUCAUGAACUUCAUUCGAGACCAGUACAGAGACAGGGGCUAUCAAGAGGUUAUAUCACCGAACGUCUUUAACAUAGAGCUGUGGAAUACAUCUGGUCAUGCGGAAAAGUAUAAAGAUGACAUGUUUGUCCUAGAGAUUGACAAACAAGAGUUUGGAUUGAAACCAAUGAAUUGCCCAGGACACUGCUUGAUGUUUAAACACAGGGUUCGAUCAUAUAGAGAACUUCCUCUUCGUUUCGCUGAUUUUGGGGUCUUGCAUCGAAAUGAGGCCAGUGGUGCCCUGAGUGGAUUAACACGAGUUAGGAGAUUUCAGCAGGAUGAUGCACACAUUUUCUGCAUGGAGUCCCAGGUAAAAGAUGAAGUCAGAAAUGCCUUGAACUUCAUCGAUUAUGUCUAUCAAAUAUUUGGGUUCACAUAUGAAUUGAAACUUUCAACGAAGCCAGAGAAUGCCCUUGGUGAUGAUGCAACAUGGGAGAGGGCUGAAAAUGCUCUUAAGGAAGCUUUGGACGAGUUUGGCAAACCUUGGCAGUUGAAUGAAGGGGAUGGUGCAUUUUAUGGACCAAAGAUAGACAUUAGUGUUUCUGAUGCAUUGAGUAGGAAAUUCCAGUGUGCAACUCUACAGCUUGACUUCCAGCUCCCUGAUCGUUUUAAGCUGGAAUUCUCAGCUGAGGAUGAAGCCAAAAUUGAGAGACCUGUUAUGAUACACAGAGCCAUUCUAGGAUCUGUUGAACGCAUGUUUGCUAUACUUUUAGAGCACUACAAGGGUAAAUGGCCAUUCUGGCUCAGUCCUCGUCAAGCAAUUUUGUGCCCUGUGUCUGAGAAAUCACAGGCUUAUGCGCUUCAGGUACGGGAUCAGAUCCACCAAGCAGGGUAUUACGUAGAUGCUGAUACAACUGAUAGGAAGAUUCAGAAGAAGGUACGAGAAGCUCAGUUAGCACAGUACAACUACAUCUUGGUUGUUGGAGAAGAGGAAGCUAAUACCGGACAGGUGAGUGUACGAGUCAGGGACAAGGCAGACCAUAGCGUUAUGAAUAUUGAGAAUUUGCUCAAACACUUCAAAGACGAGGUUGCAGCUUUCCACUGAUAAUUUGUAAAACUGUUGAAGCAAGUUUAUACCGCCAAUAACUUUUCGCAGGUGUACACAUAUGUGUGCAUAAUUUAAAUUUCAACAUGACAAUGUAGUCUAAUUUAGACAUGAUUUUGAAGUUUAAUGUAUUUUCACUACUGUCAUGAUUCAUAUACUGUCUGUUGAGCAAAAUUUGCAAUGUACUCACUUGAGACAUUUUUGAACACAUUUUUAUUGUUGACUUGUUUAUUGAAAAGCCAAUUUAGACAAUCCUCUACAGAGAAAGUUUUUUUUAUUAUUAUUUUUUUUAUAA